AUGUUGCUGUGCUGCUGCGCAGUAGAUGACAAGGCCCCACCUGAGGUGGAGUCUGAAGAAAGGAUACCGGCAACUAGGCCAUUCAUCCAGACCACUCCAGCUUUCAGACCGGACUCCAUACCCGAUGUGUUUAUGGUAUCCGUGACCACGAAGAGCAGCCCCCUUGGCAUAGUUUUGGACGUCACGAAUCCAGAGUGUGCCGUUGUGAAGGAAAUCAGUCAGGGUCCGGUGCGGGACUGGAACCAAGACUGUUCAGAGGACAAACGGGUGAUGCUGCUGGACAGAAUCCUUGAAGUUAAUGGAGUCCGUGGCUCGAGCAUAGAGUUAGCAAAGGCGCUGGGCAAUCCAGACACCCAGGAGUUCUCCAUCACAAUGCAAAGACCAGAAGAGAGAAGAGUUCAGCUGCACCGGCCAGGCGAGAUCGGCAUCAUCAUGAACUACAAGAAGGUUGGUGCUAUUGCCCCGUGGAUUUCGAAGAUCAUGCCAGGCCUCCUCAGCCAGUGGAAUGAGAACAUGCCAGAUCAGGCAGUGUGCAUCCAUGACCGCAUUGUGGCUGUCAAUGGGGAGUCGGGCAACACGGAAGAGCUGUUGGCCAAAAUCAGGGCAAGCCAGGAGACGCUGGAGCUCACGGUGUUACAUUAUGCAAUUUGA